UUCCGCCACUCGCUCUCUCCCGUCGAUUGCUCCUCUGCUACAGUGUUCGAUUUCUUUCCAAACCCUAACUCGAGUUCCACGAUCAACUGCUUAAAGAUUCGCGGUGUUCUAGAUAUUCGGGAAGAUAGGAUCGCAAUUUGGAUUGCUGAUUUUGUUAGUUGCUUUGAUAUUGAUUUCCCUCCUUUUCUGUUGCGAUUUUCGGCCAAAUUCGUGAAGGUCUGAUAUGAACUUUUGUCUGAAGUCGUUCCUUUGAUUUAUGUCGGUUUUGCGCUUUUUGGGUUCGGUGGGUUGUGAUCGGAAGAGAACUGUGUCUGUACGGCGAGAAAUUUCUAAUUUUUGACAUUCAUCCGGGUAUUCCUGAGAGGAGGAUGAGAUUUGAAGGAUGAACGAUGCCGGUACUGCGUAGUGGAGUGCGCAGGGGCCGGGCAGCAGCAAAGAAACAGCAACAGCAGCAACCUAAUCCGUUGAUCGAGGAGGGGGAGGCAAUUGCAACAAGAACAAGGGGACGGCGGGCGGCGGCGGCGGCGGCAGCUGAGCCUAAGGCUAACAAACAACAUAAGCAGGUGGUGGUCGAUGAGAAGGUAGCUGUCCCGGUGAAGGAGGACGAGAUCAAGGGUUUGAACGAAGCUGUUCGUGCUGGUGAAGCUGCUGCUGGUGGAGCGGAGAGAGAAGAGGUUGGGGAGAAGCAGAUGGAUGACUACGAUAGUGGAGCCCGGAGCAAUGAUAAGGGCAAUGCCGGUGAAGAUGAGGGGAGCACCGCUCCCCUUCCUGAGAAGGUUCAGGUUGGUGGCUCCCCUAUGUAUAAAAUUGAGCGAAAACUGGGUAAGGGUGGAUUUGGACAAGUGUAUGUUGGUCGACGAAUUUCUGGUGUAAAUAUGAAUGAGAGGACCGGACCUGGAGCUGUAGAGGUUGCCCUAAAAUUUGAGCAUAGAAGUAGUAAAGGAUGUAACUAUGGACCGCCAUAUGAGUGGCAAGUGUACAAUACUCUUGGUGGAAGUCAUGGUGUGCCACGAGUACACCACAAGGGAAGGCAAGGUGACUAUUAUGUCAUGGUUAUGGAUAUGUUGGGACCUAGCUUAUGGGAUGUUUGGAAUAAUAACUCUCACACAAUGUCCACUGAAAUGGUUGCUUGUAUUGCCAUUGAAGCAAUAUCUAUAUUGGAAAAGAUGCACUCUCGAGGGUAUGUGCAUGGGGAUGUGAAGCCUGAAAAUUUUCUGCUUGGUCCACCUGGGACCCCUGACGAAAAAAAGCUGUUUCUUGUUGAUCUUGGGUUAGCUACUAGAUGGAGGGAUAGCACAACGGGUAUGCAUGUGGAAUAUGACCAACGCCCAGAUGUUUUCAGGGGUACUGUUCGAUAUGCAAGCGUGCAUGCACACUUGGGAAGAACUGGCAGCAGAAGGGAUGAUCUAGAAUCACUUGCUUACACACUGAUUUUCCUUCUUCGAGGUCGUCUCCCUUGGCAGGGGUAUCAGGGAGAAAACAAAGGGUUCCUUGUUUGCAAAAAGAAGAUGGGAACUUCUCCGGAGAGCCUAUGUUGCUUCUGCCCCCAGCCUUUUAGACAGUUUGUUGAACAUGUGGUGAACUUGAAGUUCGAUGAAGAUCCUAACUAUGCAAAAUAUAUUUCUCUGUUUGAUGGCAUUGUUGGUCCAAAUCCGGAUAUUAGGCCAAUUAAUACGGAAGGUGCACAAAAGCUAAUUGGUCAUAAGAGAGGUCGGUUGGCCAUGGAAGAAGAGGAUGAUGAACAACCUAAAAAGAAGAUCCGCAUGGGUAUGCCAGCAACACAAUGGAUAAGUGUUUACAAUGCUCGCAGACCAAUGAAACAAAGAUAUCAUUACAAUGUGGCAGAUGCAAGGCUGUCCCAGCACAUUGAGAAAGGAAAUGAGGAUGGGUUAUAUAUUAGCAGCGUGGCUUCAUGUCAGAACCUGUGGGCCCUAAUCAUGGAUGCGGGAACUGGCUUUUCUGCCCAAGUCUAUGAACUCUCGCCCUUUUUUCUCCACAAGGAAUGGAUAAUGGAUCAGUGGGAAAAAAAUUACUAUAUAAGUGCCAUAGCUGGAGCUACAAAUGGGAGUUCGUUAGUUGUGAUGUCUAAGGGCACACAGUUUGUACAGCAGUCCUACAAAGUGAGUGAUUCAUUUCCAUUCAAGUGGAUAAACAAAAAAUGGAGGGAGGGCUUUUAUGUCACGGCAAUGGCCACUGCUGGCAGCAGAUGGGCAGUAGUCAUGUCUCGUGGUGCAGGCUUUUCUGAUCAGGUGGUUGAAUUAGAUUUUCUUUAUCCCAGUGAAGGGAUUCACAAACGCUGGGAUUAUGGAUACCGUAUCACAGCAACCGCAGCAACUUGGGAUCAAGCAGCAUUUGUCCUGAGUGUGCCUAGGAGGAAACCUGCGGAUGAAACACAGGAAACACUUAGAACUUCGUCUUUUCCUAGUGUACAUGUCAAGGAGAAGUGGGCAAAGAACCUCUAUAUUGCAUCUAUUUGCUAUGGAAGAACAGUGUCUUGACCUGCAUCCUUGGGUUUUAUUAUUUGCUGACUCUGGCUGCCCUCCUGAGAAGCCCCAUUCAUUGUAUGUCAAAUGGCAUGGUCCAGAGCCCAAGAAGUUUUGAUGACUAGCUCUAAUUAUCUGUAUGUAGAAAUCUGACGGGAAAAUCUGUGUUGCCAAUUGCUUGGAGAUUCUGGUCCUGUACCAUUGAUCACUUUGACGCUUGGCAGACAAGGAUUUAUUACCUUUGAUGAAAAUCCUAGCCCGAUCUUAGAGAUGUUAUCAUAAUCAAUUUGACCCACCGCUGGGUAUCAAUUAGACGCCUGUAAGGUUACUUUUGACUUUCACCA